AUGUUUUUCAGGUUGUGGCAUCAGCUGACACUUCAGGUGCUUGAUUUUGUGCAAGACCCGUGCUUUGCCCAAGGAGAUGGUCUCAUUAAGCUUUAUGAAAAUUUCAUUAGUGAAUUUGAACACAGGGUGAACCCUUUGUCCCUGGUAGAAAUUAUUCUUCACGUGGUUAGACAAAUGACCGAUCCUAAUGUGGCUCUUACUUUUCUGGAAAAGACUCGUGAGAAGGUAAAAAGUAGCGAUGAGGCAGUGAUCCUAUGUAAAACAGCAAUUGGAGCCUUAAAAUUAAACAUUGGGGACUUACAGGCUACAAAGGAGACAAUUGAAGAUGUGGAAGAGAUGCUCAGCAGCCUCCCCGGAGUGACGUCCGUUCAUAGUCGUUUCUAUGACCUAUCCAGUAAAUACUACCAAACAAUUGGGAACCAUGCAUCCUACUACAAGGACGCUCUGCGGUUUCUGGGCUGCGUUGACAUCAAGGAUCUACCAGUGUCAGAGCAGCAGGAGAGAGCCUUCACACUGGGGCUCGCCGGACUCCUCGGCGAGGGAGUUUUUAACUUUGGAGAACUUCUCAUGCACCCUGUACUGGAGUCUCUGAGAAGCACUGACCGGCAGUGGCUGAUUGAUACCCUUUAUGCCUUCAACAGCGGCGCUGUAGACAGAUUCCAGACACUUAAGACUGCCUGGGGUCAGCAGCCUGAUUUAGCAGCCAAUGAAGCCCAGCUUCUGAGGAAGAUCCAGUUGCUGUGCCUGAUGGAGAUGACUUUCACACGGCCUGCCAAUCACCGACAGCUUACUUUUGAAGAAAUUGCCAAAAGUGCUAAAAUCACAGUGAAUGAGGUGGAGUUGCUGGUGAUGAAGGCGCUCUCAGUGGGACUGGUGAGAGGCAGCAUAGAUGAGGUGGACAAGCGGGUGCACAUGACCUGGGUGCAGCCCCGCGUGCUGGACCUGCAGCAGAUCACAGGAAUGAAGGACCGACUGGAGCUGUGGUGCACUGAUGUGAAGAGCAUGGAGAUGCUGGUAGAGCACCAGGCUCAGGACAUCCUUACCUAGAGCCGCUGUGCUCCAGCCCAGCCUCACCCAAGGAGGCAUUUCCUGGCCCAGGAAACUGGCAGCAGAGAUGAUUACCUGUGUUCAGUUGGGCUGGGGGUUGGGGUCCUGCUCGCCCUCUGGAAAAGCAGCCUGGGUGGUGAAAGGGUCCUUCAGGCCUCAGAUGAUGAGGAGGAGAUUGAAAGUGGAAUCCGUAGUUCCACCCAUGUCCACCUGCUGGAUCUUUACCUGUGCAGUUCAGAAAUGUUCUGACAAUAAACGCCUUUGCUUUGUCCUGUU